GUUGUGCGGCUCAGCGGCAGACGAGAAACGAGAGACGCAUGUGUCAAGGCGUACGAGGUAAUUAGUAAUUCGAGAGGCAAAGGAGAGAAGAGAGGACGACAGGACCUGCUUCCACCACCACAAGACAGACACCACCGCACCGUACAGGCUCGCUCGCUCGUUCCUUUCUUUGUCCCCUCUCUUCUGCGCUCUCGCCUGCCCAAAACCCCACUGCUUCGUAGAAGCUUCUAGAGAGAGAGAGAGAUUUGCGGAAGGUGGCGGUGGUGACGGUGGCGGAAGGAGGAAGGAGGAGGAGGAGGAGGAGACAUGUCCAAGAGGUGCGCGCUGUGCAAGGUCCCGGCCAGGGCGUUCUGCGAGUCGGACCAGGCGACCCUCUGCUGGGACUGCGACGCCAAGGUCCACGGCGCCAACUUCCUCGUCGCCCGGCACUCCCGCACCCUCCUUUGCCACGCCUGCCAGGCCCCCACCCCCUGGAGGGCCUCCGGCGCCAGGCUCGGCCACACCGUCUCCGUCUGCGACGCCUGCGUCACCGGCGCCCAGGGCCGGAGCCGGGCCGCCGCCGGCAAUGGCGAUCUCCACGAGGACGACGGCGACGACGAGGACGCCGACGGGGACGAGGAGGACGAGGAGGAGGAGGAGGAGGACGCCGACGACGAGGACGACGGAGGAGGAGGAGGAGGAGGCGGCGGCGAGGACGAGGACGAGGAAGAUCGCGGCGGCGGCGGCGACGAGGACGGCGACAACCAGGUGGUGCCGUGGUCGUCGACGACGCCCCCUCCGCCGGCGGCGAGCUCCUCCAGCAGCGACGACUCGAUCGGUAACUUGCGCUGCGGGUACGGGGACGCGGAGGAGUGCGGAGCGGCGCGAAUGUGCUCGUCGAAGCGGGCGAUUGAAGACUGUACGGAUCUUCGCUCUCAGGAGAAGCUCAAGUACUCGCGCUUCCGGCCGAACCGGAGGCCAAUGCUGGCGGCGAGGACGCGGUCCAGGGACGGCGAGGCUACUUCGGUCGACUCGUUGAGGCCGUCGAAAGACCGGCGGGUCGGGCGAGACGAGUGCAUACAAGGUCCGACCUUUCUAGAUUGAAGGGGGAUCGGUGGGGAUAUAUGCAGAGUGCGCGAGGUAGAUAGCCUGUGAUGUUCAUAAGCCCUUCUAUUAAAAGUUUCGAUUUUUUAACACCAACAUCACCACCAUCAUCAUCUAACCUCAAUCGAUCUGCAUGAAUCUGGGGUCGAACUAAUUAAUCGAUUUUAGCAGUCUUAGCAAGUAGCUAGUAGCUUUGAGGGCGGGAUCCGGUUUGGAUGGGCUGUGGAGAAUGUAAUGCUGAUUCAUUUGCGAGUUGGACGAAUUCGAAGAGUGAAAUACUACCGUGUUUGCUUCAUUUGA